UUUCCCGCCAUGUCGUUCGUGGAGAGCGCGAGGCGUUCCUCUCUGCUGCGACGUCGCCGUCUUUGCACCCCUGUCCCUUUCACUCGGUCCGGGUUAUCUGCUUUUACUCAAGGGGAUAGUUGGGGUGAAGGUGAAGUCGACGAAGAGGAGGGAUGUGACCAAGUAGCCCGCGACCUGCGGGCAGAGUUUUCUGCUGGGGCGUUGUCGGAGCCUAGAAAGUGCUCGCUACUACCGCCCCAGAGGGACGGGUCUCCAAUCCUGCUUGAUAAACGCAAUGGCAUCUUCUCGGCGGGUGCGCGCGGCCGAGCCCAGUCUCGGCGGUGGCCGGUACAGGUCCUUUCUAUUCUCUGUUCGCUGCUGUUCGCCAUCCUCCUCGCUUUUCUCCUCGCCAUCGCCUACCUGAUCGUAAAAGAGUUACAUGCUGAGAAUUUGAAAAAUGAAGAUGAUGUAGACACUGGGCUAUUAGGAUUCUGGACUCUACUUAUAAUAUCCCUAACUGCCGGAUUCUCCUGCUGCAGCUUUUCUUGGACAGUGACUUACUUUGAUUCUUUUGAACCAGGCAUGUUUCCUCCUACUCCUCUUUCACCUGCGAGGUUCAAGAAACUUACUGGACAUUCUUUCCACAUGGGCUAUAGCAUGGCAAUUUUGAAUGGUGUUGUAGCUGCUCUUACCGUUGCAUGGUGCCUCAUGUAAACCAACACUGAAGCAGUUUCCUUGGCAAAACUUAAGUCAUGGUCGCUUUGUUAUAACAAGGAAGAACAUCACUGCCUACUCCGAAGACCAAGAAACCUGCUGUUCAUUAUGUGAUUCAGAUACCUGUCAUAUCAUCAUUGUGGAAGACCUUUUGAAACACUGUUCUGACUGUUCCGGAACCUAGGCAUUGGGUAGCUGAGUAUUGUUUCAAGUAAUUCUUAAAAUUGUAAGAUGUUUACCUCAUCUCUACUUCUGUGGGUGUUAUUUUUCUAAGCUGUAGAAAGCAUUUUAUUGGAAAUCAAACUGGAAAACUUGAAUACAGUACAAUGCCUACCUUUCCAUGUGUAUACUACAUGUUUUCUAAGAAAUACUUAUACUACUGUUUAAUUGAGACAGAAAUAUAUCUUAAUUAUUCAUUAUAUCAGGAAAGCAAACAAUGCCCACUACUUUGACAUUUUAUAGAAGCUACUUCUAAAUCAGAAUAUUUAGUUUUUUAUAUUCCAAUCAAUAGAAGGUGCAUUUAUAUUUUUUAAUGGUGCAUAGUUUCUUGUGUGUGUGUGGUUUUUUUUACAUAUUUUUCUAUUACAUAUUGAAUUUGUAUGUUUUAAAAAUUGUUACAUCUGGACAAAUGAAAAUACUACUCUUUAGCUUGCGCAAACCUAAUACCUACCAUUUUUAAUAAGUAUUUUGCUUUUUUAAAAAAACAUUGACCUUAGUUUAAAAUUAAGUAAACUUAUUUUUUAACAAAAAAAGUGUUUAUGCCAUUAAAAUCCUGAGAAAUUUGAAGCUGUUCACUAUUUCUGUUUCCACAAUUCCAAGUAUUUAUCCUGGUGUAUAUAUAUUUACUUCUAUAGAACUGAUUUAUUUUGUUUUUAGUAAAUAUAAACCUGACAUUUUUAUAUUUAGGAUUGCUUGAAGUAGUUGGUUUUUAAUCUCAAAAAUUUAGUUACUGAAAUAGAAAAGGUAUUUUGAUACAGUAUGUAUAUAUGUAUAAUUUUUUAUAUAUAGUUUCAUAAUUUUCCUAUUUAAAUGUUCUUUUACAAUUGUAGUGUGUUAGUUUUAGUUUUUAUAGUAAUUAAGCCUUCAUUGUUCUCAUUUCUAAAUACCUGUUUGGAAAGUCAUUUCAGUUUUUAAAAGAUGGACUAUUUAAAAUGCUGUUUUCCUUAACCAUAGAAAAACUUAGUUAGGAAAGCAUUGUAGAGUGAAACUGGUUAUUCAGGACAAAUAGGAAAUGAGUAUGUGCAGC